AUGGCUAUGAGUUCUUUUUUGAUCAACUCAAACUAUGUCGACCCCAAGUUCCCUCCGUGCGAGGAAUAUUCACAGGGCGAUUACCUACCCAGCGACCACUCGCCCGGGUACUACGCCGGCGGCCAGCGGCGAGAGAGCAGCUUCCAGCCCGAGGCGGCCUUCGGGCGGCGCGCGGCGUGCACCGUGCAGCGCUACGCGGCCUGCCGGGACCCCGGGCCCCCGCCGCCGCCCCCGCCGCCCCCGCCGCCGCCCGGGCUGUCCCCUCGGGCUCCCGCGCCGCCACCCGCCGGGGCCCUCCUCCCGGAGCCCGGCCAGCGCUGCGAGGCGGUCAGCAGCAGCCCCCCGCCGCCUCCCUGCGCCCAGAACCCCAUGCACCCCAGCCCGUCCCACUCCGCGUGCAAAGAGCCCGUCGUCUACCCCUGGAUGCGCAAAGUUCACGUGAGCACGGUAAACCCCAAUUACGCCGGCGGGGAGCCCAAGCGCUCGCGGACCGCCUACACCCGCCAGCAGGUCCUGGAGCUGGAGAAGGAAUUUCACUACAACCGCUACCUGACGCGGCGCCGGAGGGUGGAGAUCGCCCACGCGCUCUGCCUGUCCGAGCGCCAGAUCAAGAUCUGGUUCCAGAACCGGCGCAUGAAGUGGAAAAAAGAUCACAAGUUGCCCAACACCAAGAUCCGCUCGGGUGGCACCGCGGGCCCAGGUGGAGGGCCCCCUGGCCGGCCCAACGGAGGCCCCCCAGCGCUCUAGUGCGCCCCCCCAGCUGGAGCCGCGGACCUGGGGGCGGGGAGGGCAAGGAGCGCAGAUCUGGGGCAUACAGGGGAUGCGGGAGGGGGCCCAGGCCUGGGCCCCAACAGGCUACCCGCUCUCCUCCCCACCUCACUUCAUCUAUAUCUGAGUAAAGGCAGAGAAGGAGGGGUGGGGUGCUUUAUUUAUAAAAAUGACAGCAGGGAGCUUUGCGAGCACCCCCCUUUCGCCCCGCGCGCCCCCAAGCAAGAUCCAGUCUGUUGCUUUCUUCCUUUAAAAAAAAAAAAAGAGGAAAAAAAAAAAAAAAAAAAGGAAGAAGGAAGAAAGAAAAAAAGAAAGAGCAAUAGGAGGAGGCCGAGCUCCUGGUUUGCAGCUUUCGCGGAGAAGAUGGAUCCACAGUUCAUCUUUAAUCACGCCAGGCCCGGCCCAUCUGUCUUGUUUACUCUGCCGAGGAGAAGAGAGGACGGCCUCGGUGGCGACCAUUACCUCGACAUUCGCUAACAAAUGAGCCCGGCCAGGCUGCCGCCGCCUCUGCUGCUGCCGCUGCUGGGAGACAGCCUGGAUUUUCUUUCUUUGUCCCCCUCCUGACACCCAGCGAAAGCACCCUGGGACUGCCAGAAAGCAGGGUUGUGGCUGCCCACGGUAACACACACACCCACACCCAGCUUUGCUCUUCCUCCGUGCCCGUCCACGGGGGACCGCUGACUGCUCACCCCCUUCCGCCUUGGGGGUGAAGGGGGGACAGAAGAAAGAGGCCAAGUGGGGGAGGGGCGACCUCGGCCACGCAGGAGCUGGCAGGGAAACUGAGUCAAGGAUUCAAAAAGAGUGACCCAGACUCACGCUUGGCGGGGUGAGGGGCCAGUUUGGGGGAGGAGGGGAGGCUAGGCGUGACCCCCACACACACCCCAGCCAUUCCGGAGUUGUACAACAGAGGCUUCUCUUAGACUGAAGAUGAAUAUGAAACUAGGGAAUAAAAUGUGGCCAUUGGACUGGCGGGGGACGAUGUGACAGAGCCCUCACCAUAGUUUAUCCUUGUUGCAUUGUUUAUUAUUAUUAAUAUUAUUAUUACUAUUAUUUUAUGUCAUGUGCAUCCUCUCUCCUGUUCUUUCUGACAUUCCAAGCCAGGCGCCUUCCUCCCUAGGGGUGGAGGGUGCCCAAGCCUAGAACCUUGCAUUGGUGUGAAAAUUCGUGUCCUGUACAGAGUGACAAUAGAAAUAAAUGUUUAGUUUCUCGUGA